AUAGGUUUGUUUAGGAGGACAUAUCCAACCAUUGAAUUUAGUUGAAACUGAAAAAGGUUGUGUUAGCUUCGUGGGCUUUGAUGGAGUUGAGCAUGUUGGCUUCAUUCCCUGGUUCCGUAAAACCCUCUGUAAGAGCGAAUCUUUCUCUUCCUAAGCUUACCUCUCGGCAUGAGUACCCUCUUGCAAGCAAAAUCAUUGUUAAAAAUUUAUCAUAUUCUACUGGUGAGACUACUUUGCAGAAGGACUUUUCAAAUUUUGGCCAGAUAGCUGAAGUUAAAGUGGUGAAAGAUGUGAACACAAAAAGAUCUAAGGGAUAUGCUUUUAUUCAAUAUACAUGUCAAGAUGAUGCCAUGCUUGCACUUGAAACCAUGGAUCAGAAGGAUUUGUAUGGUCGGAAGAUUAGUGUAGAAAUUGCAAGACUAGGUUGGUCUGAUUUUGAUGCACGCCCAAGGACCUCAGGGCCCCCAAAAAAGUGGAAUUUGCCAGAGGAAGGGGAAGUGGUAGAUUGCUGGUACUGAUCAAAAUUCAAAAUGAGUAAAGCUGCUGAAGAAGAGAUAAUGAUGGAACACAACAAAAUCUGUGUGCAUUAGAUACCACUGCAUUGUUUUCUAUUGUAUUCCAAUUUGGACCCUUUAUUUUCAAUUUAAAGUAUAGAGCAAUGCUCGGUGCACAUAAGAACAUUUGUGUUAAGUGAUAAAAUCAAAGUACAAGUGUGUAGAAAAUAAUUAAUAAGGUAGGAUCAACUACAAUCAAAUAGUAAAAUUUUUGCUGGUAUUAGAAAAUGUGUGUUUAAAUGUAUGUGGGUAGCAUUAUUAUAUGGUGGUGUGGUUAAUUAGUAGUAGGACUAGGUUU